AUGGCUCGCGGAAAGAAAAGGACGGUAGCACCACUAAAGACGUCCACGCUUCGUGCUAAUGACAGCAGCAAGAAGACGGCAGGUGUUGUGGUAAAGAAGGAGAACAAACAGCAGGUGCAGAUUCCAGUUAAGAGCUCUAAGAAGAAAAGCGUGAUGGCUGAAAAUGAGAAGGAGACGGAAGAAGAAGAAGAAGAAGAAGAAGAGAAGGAGAGUGAGACGGAGGAGAGUGACGAUGAAGAGGACGACGAGUUUGAGGACCAGGGAUCGUCGUCCGACAAUGACAGCGAUGAUGAUGAUGAAGAAGAAGAUGCUGAGCUUAUGGAGUUGGAAAAGGAAACGCGUCACUUUACUGUGGACCGAGAAAAGGAGAUACAGAAAAUGCGUGAAGACGGGUCUCUGUCGGUGGCAUCACAGCUGCACGUGGAUGACCUGUCUUCGGACGAUGAGGAAAAUGUCAAUACGAUCGGCAACGUACCGCUUCGGUGGUAUGAAGAUUAUGACCACAUUGGUUAUAAUGUAGAGGGCAAGAAGAUCAUAAAGUCAAACAAUGGGGACGGCAUUGAUGAUGCUAUUGCUGCGAAGGAUGACCCGAACUACGACCGCACAGUGUAUGAUGCUUACAACGACCGAAAGAUCGUUGUUUCGGACCGUGACAUGGAAAUCAUCCGUCGUAUGCAAGCUGGUGCAUUCGCACAUCCAGAGUUCGAAGCGUACCCGGACUACGUCGACAUUUACUCGUCAAAUGAAAUCAUCCACUCCAUGGGCAACGAUAUUGAGCCUAAGAGCCGAUUUUUGCCUUCAAAAUGGGAGCGCAUGAAAGUAAUAAAGAUCAUGAAGGGCAUCAAGGAAGGUCGCAUUAAACUUGACAAGGAUCCUAAGAAAAAGCCUGAGGUGUACCAGAUGUGGUUCGACGACGACCAAGCGCAAACCCGCAAGGGUCCAGCAAACGUGCAGGCUCCGAAGAUGCCACUUCCUGGACAUAUUGAGUCGUAUAACCCCCCAAAUGAGUAUCUGUUUACUAAAGAGGAACGUCGUGCUUGGGAAGAAGCCGAGCCGGAGGACCGUGAGACUAAUUUCAUGCCAAAAAAGUUCAAGUCGCUUCGUGAAGUGUGCGGCUACAACGGUUUUGUUCGUGAGCGCUUUGAACGGUGCUUGGAUCUCUACUUGGCGCCUCGUGUUAACAAGCGCAAGCUUAACAUUGACCCGGAGUCGCUCGUGCCAGAGCUGCCAAAACCUCAGGAUCUGCGUCCCUUCCCCAAUACGUUGGCUCUUGUCUUCAAUGGCCACACUGGGCGUAUUCGCUCGCUCGCUGUGGAUCCGUACGGCCAAUAUGUGGCUUCAGGCUCCGAUGACUUCACUGUGCGUGUCUGGGAGCUAGAGACCUCACGUUGUCUGCAGGUGUAUAACGUUGGUGCCGUGGUGCACAAGUUAUCAUGGAACCCAAACAAGGAUCACCAGUUGCUGGCUGUUGCAGCUGCUAAGAAGGUCUUCAUUAUUGCUACAGGAACGGGUAGCGCGGACCAAACGGAACUUACUAACGCACUCGUUGGUGAUGCUGACGAUUGCAUUCAAACUACCGACAAGGAGGAUGGCAAGACAGAUAGCACGGAUGAUGAUGUCCAGAUUGUCGACGAGGAUGAGGCCACUGUAGAGGCUGACGCGCUAAAGAAGAAGGUGCCUGUAACUUGGCGGUUCUACAGCGGUACCAAAGACAAGCACAAGUCAAAAGCUGCUACUGAACGACCGUGGCUCGAACGUCGUGUGGGUACUGGUAUUCGUGUUGUUUUGCACCACACGAGUGACGUGAAGGACGUGGCGUGGCAUCACAAGGGAGAUUACCUCUCCACUGUCUCCCCUGGCGCCGGAUCGGGAGCAGUGCUGAUCCACCAGCUUUCAAAACGUAAGACUCAAAAUCCGUUCCAAAAGAGCGUAGGUCAAGUGCAGUGCGUUCUGUUCCAUCCGUCCAAGCCAUUUUUCUUCCACGCUACUCAGCGCCAUGUGCGUGUGUACAACCUCGUGAAGCAGUCGAUCGUGAAGAAGCUGUCUUCAGGUGUAAAGUGGAUCUCAAGCAUGACCGUGCACCCGAACGGUGACCACCUGCUUGUGGGUAGUUACGACCGCAGAUUGUGCUGGUUCGAUCUUGAUCUGUCCUCGAGGCCUUUCAAAACACUCAAGUAUCACGAAAAAGCUGUCCGUGAUGUGUCAUUCCACGCCAAGUACCCUCUCAUGGCUUCUGCUUCGGACGAUGGCACUAUUCACAUUUUCCACGCCAUGGUCUACUCAGAUCUGAUGAAGAAUCCGUUGAUUGUUCCGCUCAAGAUCUUGCGUGGCCACGAAGUUUCCGGUGGCCUCGGUGUUAUGACGCUAGCUUUCCAUCCUGUCCUGCCGUGGAUUGUUACAGGUGGUGCCGAUGGGACCAUUCGCCUUUUCCAGAACAUUCACUAA